UUUCCUCAGGCUCCGCCCCCAGCGGGGAGCCCGGGAAGCGCAAGGUCAAGUUUGCCUUAGACCCACCCCAGCGCGGGGGGGGGCGGGGGGCGGAGCGCCGUAGCCGUGCGGUCCGGAAGCCGCCCAGCGUCCCGACACCCGUCAGGGUCUCUGUUCGAUCGUUGAGCGUGGCCGACAACCUGAUUGGCCCUGCCGUCCCCCGAGAUCCGCCCGCUGCUGCUGCGGAGCCCUGUGAGGCUCAGACUUCGCAGAGCGUCUCUUUGGAUACUGUGUAUCUCUGGGUGCUCCACUCAUCAGUGUCAUCCAUCUCAUCCUGGGUGGCGGCAGCAGACAGGCAUCCCUCUUGCCUAAAGGUGAAUCUGGUGGGAGGCAAGGUGGCCACUGCAGGGGAUGUGGAUGUGCCUGACAAGAUGAAGAACCGAAUACCUGUGGUGCUUCUGGCCUGCGGCUCCUUCAACCCCAUCACCAACAUGCACCUGCGUUUGUUCGAGGUGGCCAGAGACCAUCUACACCAAACAGGAAUGUACCAGGUGAUAGAGGGCAUCAUCUCACCUGUCAAUGACAACUACGGGAAGAAAGACCUGGUACCUUCCCAUCACCGAGUGGCCAUGGCCCGCCUGGCCCUGCAGACAUCUGACUGGAUUCGGGUGGACUCCUGGGAGAGUGAGCAGACACAGUGGAUGGAGACGGUGAAGGUGCUGAGGCAUCAUCAGAGCCAGCUGCUCAGAUCUGCAACCCGGGUGGAAGGUCCAGACUCCGGCAAGACACCCUCAGACACUGCAGCUGCACCUGAGCUGAAACUCCUCUGCGGGGCAGAUGUCUUGAAGACCUUCCAGACCCCCAACCUCUGGAAAGACUCACAUAUCCAGGAAAUAGUGGAGAAGUUUGGCUUAGUGUGUGUGAGCCGCGUGGGGCAUGACCCCAAGGGGUACAUCUUGGGUUCACCCAUCCUAUGCAAAUAUCAGCACAACAUUCACCUGGCCAGGGAGCCAGUGCUGAACGAGAUGAGUGCCACUUAUGUCAGGCGAGCCCUGGGCCAAGGGCAGAGCGUGAAGUACCUGCUUCCUGACUCUGUCAUUGCCUAUAUCAAGGACCAUGGCCUGUAUGUGACGGACAGUUCCCAGAAAGGCAGAAGUAUCCAGAAGAAUAAAGGAAAGACAAGCUAGGCAGGCCACCGGUCAGCCACUCUGCCACCAGCUCCUCCUGGAGAGAGGCUUCUGUUUUGCUUUGUUUUCUGUUUUUCUGGGUAUUUCCUUUGUUUUAUUCCUGCAGUGAUGUUACCUCUGAUGAGUCUUCUAAUCCAGGAAGAGAUACAUUCUGUCUACAUGGCCAGGAAAGACAUUUAUCAAGGAAGCUAAAACGGUGUGCCAGAUCAUCAAGAUGAGGCAGCUUUGCUCAGAGCCGCUGGACAAUGUGGUCUCCUUGUUUUGUGUCAAUGGUGAUUAUGGCAUGCACACUAAAUGUCGUUCUCAGCCCGCCAGGGCCCCUGAGGGUCAGAUCAGAAUUGCCCACAUGCAUUUUUUAACCAGGGCCAGGUGUGGCCUGCUGGUCCUGAUUGGCAGGAUUUGACAGGAUGCUAAUUACUGAACAGUGGGCCUUGCCAAUGUCCUUGUUUCAAACAGAGUAAAGCUGAGGAAUGAAAUAUUUGGAAACGACCCUAUAUCACAUCUUCCCUUAUGAACCAUCAUCUGGCUGCCUCCUGACCUUUCGUGGAAUUCAAACUGAACUCUAAGUAGUGAAUGUGAAGCAGUAUUUUUGAUACAGGUAUUUUUAACACUGCUAUACUCUAUAAACACCAAGUCUCCUGAUUUUCAAGUUUCUAAAAAGGAACUGAGGUAAAACAGAUGCCUAUUUUAGAGAAGCUUUUUGAAUGUUUUAUGACUGCCUGCCUGUUUGAAUAUUGGCAGAGGGAUAAAUAAUAAAUUGACAUCAAAAUGUACUAAUAAAAAGUUUCUUUUUUUUUCA